AUGACCACCGUCCGCAAUUUGAGCCAGAUGCAAGAAUGGGUUAAGGUAUACGGCCCGAACUGUCUCGUCCGCUGGUUCGGCAAGAUGCCCUGUCUUUGGACGAUAGACCCGGUCACAGUUGCCCACAUAUUGUCACACGCAGAUGACUAUGCGAAACCACUGGAGGGCCGGCUGCAAGUCGCGCGUAUCAUACCGAAAAGUAUUCUUACUGCCGAAGGUGAUGUACACAGAAAGAUGAGAAAAGUCACGAAUCCUGCCUUUGGACCGUCCCAGAUACGGAAUCUUCAUGAGAUCUUCGUCGAGAAGGCUAUGAACCUCAGCGAGCUUUGGAGAGAAGCCAUCUCGGUCCGGGAUAGUCCUGCUCGUGUUGAUAUAGUUGACGGGUUAAGUCGUGCAACGCUUGAGGUGAUUGGUCUAGCAGGCUUUGGGUACCAGCUCGGUGCGCUAUCCUCGGAAGGGGAGACGAACGAACUCAAUCGCGCCUUUCGAGCCACCUUCAAAAACCCUCCCAAGUUCUCCUUCGUGCGCGUUAUCAUGGAGAUGUUUCCGUUUCUGGACAUAUUCCCCUCUGAGCGCGCCAAGAACCUCCGAGAGGCCAAAAAGAUUACCGAUCGUAUAAGUAUGCAACUUCUUGCGGAAAGGAAAGCUGAUGCCCGCAGCGGCACAUUCAAGGAUACAGAGGGGGUCCAGAGUAGAGACGUCGUUGGGCGUGACCUUCUCACCUUGCUGGUCAGAUCGAAUAUGGCGACAGACGUUCCGGACAACCAGCGCCUUUCAGACGAGGAGGUUCUUGCACAGAUACCAACUUUCCUCGUUGCUGGACACGAAACAUCAAGCGGAGCAUUGGCGUGGUGUUUACAUGCGCUUGCAGAAGCACCUUCUGUCCAAGAAAAGCUGCGCCGUGAGCUUACCGGGGUCCACCACGACGUACCUUCAUUCGACGAACUCGCAAAGCUUCCCUACCUCGACGCCGUCAUCCGCGAGACUAUGCGCGUGUACGGCCCACUCACAACGACGCUUCGCAUGGCGGUCCGAGAUGACGUGCUCCCUGUGAGUAAGCCGUUCAAAGAUAUCUACGGCAAAAUGCACGAUGAAAUACGCAUUGGGAAGGGCAACCGUAUCGUUAUACCGCUCAUGGGUAUGAACCAGUGGCCAUCGCUGUGGGGAAACGACGCUUUGGAGUUCAGGCCGGAGCGAUGGGAGAAGACGUCAGCGGAAAUAGAGGGCGUUCCAGGCGUCUGGGGGAACGUGCCAUCAUUCGGCUAUGGUCCACAUGCGUGCAUCGGCUUCCGCUUUGCUAUCGCUGAGAUGAAGGCCUUCCUAUUUACGCUCGUACGCUCGUUUGAAUUCGAGCCGGCUACAUCGGCCGGCGAUGUUGCGCGCACUGGAACCGUGUUGCAACGUCCGUCCUUGCUCAGUCAGCCGGAUAAGGGCACACAACUGCCUCUGCGUAUCCGGGAGUAUAGCUUAACGUGA